GUUUUUACUGUUGUUGUGUUCUGUACCAGUGCAGUGUACCCUUGUGAAAAGUAAAGGUUCAGAAUAUAUUUUAUUAGAUUAGAACGUUCAAAAGUAAGAAGAACAAUGAGCGAUGGAAGAAAACGGCUGAGUGGAGCUGAGUACAAAAGGUUGGCGGAUUUGAAAGCUAAAAGAGAACAAAAGGUCAUAGAGCAGACUCACAAAAUUUCAUCGUUUUUUAAAAAGCCUAAUCCAAAUUGUACUUUAAGUACUACCAGUUCUACUAGCACAUCCAACGUAGAAGACGAAUCCCCAACGAAUCGCCUACGUCAAAUAGAAAUCGAAUCCGAAUCUGAAGACACCAAGCGGACUACAGAAGAUAGGCCUUCUUGUGAAGAAGUCACCGUAACAAAUCCUAAUCUGAAUGAAUCUAAUGAAACCGACAUUGCCAAUCCAACAUUAAAAAGUUUUAACACUAUUGAAGAUCCUGCUUUGUAAAAGAUUGAUGAUUCAACACGAGACUAUGUUUGUAAG